AGAUGCUCACUGCAAAUAGGCUUCCACGUUCCGCUUCAGCCUAUGAAAAUUCUGCAAUCUCAUAUGAUGACGAGGAGCCGACGACUACAAAAUGCUCCAAUGAUAAUGAUGACGUGGAAGAUGGAAAUAUUGAAAAACAAAUUCUAGAAAUUUCAAUCCCACGAGAUACAGAGCAGCCAAAUGGAAUGGCGUUUCGAAUGGUUGGGAGCCGGAGUCGAGGGAUAUUUGUCGAUUAUAUUCAUCCGGAUUCUCCGCAGAGCACACAUCUUCGAGAAGGCGAUCGUCUACUCCGGUGCAACAAGAUCUCACUUCGCGCCGUUUCCGUAGAUCAGGCGGCGAGCAUCUUCCGAUUCUGGAUGUCCCGCUCCGAUUCGCUGACUCUGUUGAUCGAACGAAGAUCCGACGGUGAGAGUGUGAUGAUGCGGCGUCGGCGGCAGGCGAGGCUCUCAAUGUGCAAUGAGCAGCGGGAGCAGACACGACACGUCGUUUCAGGGCGAGCCACGUUACGGAUGACGUCAUCAAGGUCGGCAGAGGUAUUCCGGUGUGGGGACUCGACGUCGUUCCGCAUGAAAUCUCCGAAAUACGAGUCAUUCAACACAUCAUCGCCCUCAAAAUCCAUAUGUCCCCAGUGCAAUUCUCAGACUAGAAUGAUCUACCUACACCAAUUCUCCCAUGGUUUUGUGAACAAUGCAUUCCGUUUUUUGAUCGUUUCCCGUUCAAGCUAUUCACUUUUAUGAACAAAAAUAAUUUUUCAUACUUUUUUAAACCUGCAUCACAUAAAACAUUGAAUAGAAAAAAUAAUAAAAAUAAUUUAAAUACAAAA